CUGAGGGUGGUCAGACGUUUGUGGAGGUUUUUGCAGCAACGUUUGCUCGCCAGUCAGAGCCCGAAGGCCACAGCUAGUCCGCCAGCCGGGUUGCGUCACAUCACGACAACCAUGACGCAGAAGCACGAGUUCGAGGUGGCGAUGACGUGUGAAGGAUGCUCCGGAGCCGUCACCAGAAUACUCAACAAGCUGGAGGAUGUGAAGUUUGAGAUCGACCUGCCGAACCGGUUGGUUUGGAUCGAGUCGGACCGAGACGUGGCGUUCCUCACCGACACGCUCAAGAAAUGCGGAAAGGAGGUGAAGUACAACGGCGCCAAGUGAAGGAGGCGACGCCACGCGGAGGAAGUGAUUGCUGCUGGUGCAAACUGAAGAUUUAUGCUGAAACUCAAGUUCUUUACCCGUGGGGAAGCGUCCAUGGAGCUCCUGUUAAGCCCCUCCCUCCUCCUGCAGAUGCCCCCCCCCCCCCCCAAAAAGUACAUUCCUGGGUUUGCAGCACGAUGUGUGAGCCAUCGUCUGCAGACGGCUUCGAGGUGAAGCUCCUCCGGCUGAAAUAAAAUGACCUCUGCCUCUC